UUCAUUUAACAUGUCCAUACGUCUGAUAGAAUAUUUUGACUUAUAAAGUUGUAUAAGUAUUAUAAAUAAAUUAACUUAAGAAAGAUGAUAUAAAGUUUUUGUUUUAUUGGUAUUUGUGAGGAUGUAGGAAUACUUACAAACCAUUCUAUCGACAUUGUGCUCUUUCAGAAAGCGGAAUGCCGCGUGACAAGCACAUGGUUGUUGCAGCCAUAGACUUUGGUUCAACGUAUUCUGGGUACGCUUUUCAAUUCCGGGGAUCCGAUAAGAUAUGUACAGUUUCAAGUUUUCAUGGGUCCACAGUUACAUACAAAACCCCGACCGUCAUCCUCUUUGACAAGGAUAAGAACUUCAACUCAUUCGGAUAUCAGGCAGAAAACAAGUAUGCAGAACUUGCUGAACUGGACAACCACGUUGGGUGGCGAAAUUUCCGUUGCUUUAAAAUGGAACUGUAUAGAAGUAAAGAACAGAGGAAGCUGCGUGUAACAUCAAAGUUGAAGGAUGACCAGGGACAGACAAUGGACAUAAUUGAUGUGUUUGGAGGCGCCAUCAAAUUCCUAAGAGAGGAGCUUCUGGAAACUCUCUUAGCAAAUGCCCCACGUUUUGAAGAAAAUGACAUCAAAUGGUUGAUAACUGUUCCCGCAAUCUGGGAAGAUGCAGCGAAACAAAUAAUGGUUCUUGCAGCUGAAAAGGCUGGGAUAGCACGUGAAAACCUUCAGCUUGUCUAUGAACCAGAGGCGGCCGCUAUCUUUUGCAAGAACGAGUAUUCGACAGCAGUUGAUUCUCGACAAAAGGACAUCUUUAAACCUGGCAGCAACUUUAUUCUCGUAGAUCUUGGAGGAGGCACAGUUGACAUCACUGCACACAAGGUAAAUGAUGAUGGGACUUUGGAUGCCCUUGUUCCGCCAUCAGGAGGCCCUUGGGGAGGACACAACGUCAAUAAAAAGUUAUUUGAGCUUUUGGAAGACCUUUUCGGAGCCGAAGUAUUUCGGAAAUUUUCUGCUGAAGAAAAGGACGAACAACUUGAGCUUGAAAGAUCGUUUGAAGUAAAGAAAAGACAGGAUGGUCAGUUCAGUAUCAAACUACCGGCACGACUAAUCGAACUAGCUGGUGAAACAAAAAUGAAAGAAAUAAAACAUUCCCAGAAAGUCUCAUUCAGAAAAGACAAACUGUUUGUCAAUGAUACAGCAGUGCUGGGCAUUUUCAAAGAAACAGUUGAACACACCAUUGUUCAUGUUAGCAAAAUAUUGCAAAAGGCAGAUUUACAGAAUGUAUCAACUAUUGUUUUAGUUGGGGGUUUUGCAGAGUCAAAAGUACUUCAACAGGAGUUUAAAAGUCGUUUCAAUCCAAAACAGUAUUUGCUUGUGAUUCCUCAGGCUCCUGAACUUGCUGUUUUAAAAGGUGCAGCUUUGUAUGGGCUGAACGAGUCUCUCAUCCGCUCACACAGAAUGCCGUAUACUGUAGGGAUCGACGCAGCUGUUGAGUUUGAAGAAGGGCGACACCCUGCAAAGCUAAGGCAUUUCCAAAACGGCUCCUUCAAGUGCACCGGUAUAUUCAAAGUCUUCAUUGAGAGAGGAACACAGAUUCAACCGAACACGGCGUCCGCGGAGCACAAAUUUCGUGCUCCAAAUCCAGAAGAAGCUGUUAUAGAACUUUAUAAGUCAGAUGGGGAUGAUAUACCUACUUACACAGAAGACUGCAGACGGCUCGGGGAAGUAAAGCUCAUCUUAAUCGCUCCGACACAAGCCGACCAAACCAAAAAGGAUGUUAGUACAAAAGGGAAUCCAAUGAUAAAUGUUCAAAUGUAUUUUGGUGACACGUUAGUCACUGUGAAAGCCGAUGAGGUUGGAACGAAUAACUCUGUUAUCGCAGAUAUUAACUUUCUGUUAUAAGGUAGCUACUGAUAAAUUACCAUGUGCGUAGAUUAGUGGAUUCCUAGCUUAAAUAAACUUGCUACAGGAUAUUUAUAGCCUCCCCGUGACAAUUACUGUAUAUUAACCAUUAAUGUGUAUUGAACUUGUCAUUAUAUUUGCGUACCCGUUGAUAGAGAUGGAAAGGUUUGAAAAGUUUGUAAAUAUUCAAAGAAGCAUUUUCAAGCACACUGGAUGCCAAAAUUGAGUACCAUUAUAAGACAACUAAACCAGUAUAAUAUUGAUUGCAUAUACACCCGUAGGCCCUCUAUUUGUAUUCAUGAACUCGAUAUUUAAACAAUUCUAUUUCGUUGGAACCAAAAUGUAUUUGUACGCCUUGUUACGCAUUCGCUUCAUAAUCCUAAUUGUUACCGUAUUAUCACCUUUGUCCAUUGAUUGUUGCAUUACGAUACAAAAGUUUCUUUCUUUGGAGAACAUAAUGUAUAAUGCAAUUAAUGCCCUGUCAUAUCCGCUUAUAAUGCAAAUAAACUAUACAAUUAUUACAUAAA